GUAAUUUGCUUAUGGUUUAGUUGACUCCGGGCACUAAAAUACAUGCAGGGUUCACUGUUCAAUACACCAUUUAUCUUUAUUACAAACAGAGUAAACAAAUACAGGUCUUUAUCUGCAAAUGGAUUUGGGAUCUUCAGUGCAACUGCUCACACACGCGAUUCCUGAUAUCACGUGGUUUGUCCGGAGCCAGGCCUUCUGGGAGUUGUAGUUCGCUCCGCAAACCGGCCUCAGUUCCCGUGGGGCUAUGCGAGAGUCGCGCGUCUGCGCUCUGGCUCCGGCGGGCCGCCUGACCCGAACAACCAAGAUGGCGCGGUAGGCGACAGGGCGAUGUCGUUUUUGAGGCUCUGUUCUUCUCGGAGUUCCCGUCCAGCGACUUUACGGGAAAUGCUGCUUCUCCCCUCCGGUUGUCACCGUUGUCUGCAGCUCAGGAGACAUUCUGUUAGGAGCUCAGAGCUGCCUUGGGGUUUCUUCAGAAGAAAUUACUCUUCUAUUAUUCCUAAGAAGGAUGUUGGAAAGGAUCAACCCUGUGAGAAAACUCGUUUGUUACAGGUUCUCGAAGCCCGAAUGCAACAACUUCAAGCAGAUAACAUCACUGAAGUGAAAUGUACAGAGGUGCAGUUUGUCAACCGAAUAAAUGUAACUCAUGAUGAAAAUCAAAGCAGUACAAAUAAUCUUACUUUUCUGCCAGAUCAAGAAUUUAAAAAAUCUCUUAACCUGAGCACAGAAGCAUUUGUAGAAGAAAAGAUAGCUAAAGAACAGAUGGGAAAGAAAUGUUACACAGAACCAGCAAUUCCAAAAACUGCCUCAGCUCCAAGGAAAUGGAUAGAAAAAUUAGACAAAGAGAAACGUAACAAAACCAGGAGACAACUUAAUAUUGUGAAAAAAAUCAAAGAAUCAAAAGAAUCUCUACAAUUAUCAAGCACAAAAAGUGUUACUGGUGCAAAGACCACUGAGACGGGCAGUAAAAGUACAUCAAAAGGCAAUGUUGCAAAGGCACCAGUAACACACAGAGCCAGACCUUCAGUAAUGAGUAAUCGGGAAGCAAAGUCCAGUGCAUUACAUGAUUUUUCUGUGGAAGCUAUACUUGCUGAAGUGGAAAACCUUGACCAACGGCUCAUUAAUUGGGAGCCUUCUGCUAAACUGCUUGAAGAUGAAGAAGGCAACAAAUAUGGUGAUGCCCAGCGGAAUAUUUUAUCCUAUGUUGAGGCUUGUGCAUUCAUUAAUGAUCUGGACAGAGCUCAUCAAUGUGUCAUGUUCCAUCAUCGGAUUCUUACUCGCCGGAAGCAGUUGAAUAUAAAGAUUUAUAAUGUUUUAAUGCAGAUGUGGGCUAAAAAGGGUUCAUUAAGUCAAAUUGGCAACCUUUUCAGUCUGGUGGAAGAGGCUGGGUUGAAGCCAAAUUUGGGAUGUUAUAUGGCAGCAUUGGAAUGUAUGGGGCGCAUGGAAAACUGCUCCCCCCAUGUGAUUGAGAGAUGCUUUCAACAGUUAAAAGAAGAUGGCUUCACAAUACAAGACUUGUUUAAGAAUUGUGUGUUCCAUAAAGAUGAAAGAGAGAUGAUAAUGAAAGCCAUUUGGGCUGUAGAUCCUGAAUUCCAGCUCCAACCUGAACCUGAAAUGGAGAUUUGCCAAUCUCCAUUAGUGAAGCACUUUUAUUCAAAGAUUGAGCCUAUUAAAUAUCCCAAAUUGCAUCUGUGUUUGGAACAACUAAAGGAGAGAUUUGAUCGACAACUGAGCAGGGAGCAAGAGGAUACCAUUUCUAUUAGCUCUGUUGAAGCAACAAAACCCAUUACAGAGAAAAUGAAAAGGAUGCGUAACCGUGUGGCAGAUUUACGUGCCAAGUGGCAUAAAUCUCUACUGCAGGCAUUUCGUGAGUUCAGGUUUCACUUGGCUGGUGACCGAAGUUGUUCCUGGAAAAUGAAUCUCUAUCCUUAUCUCUGCCUGCUGGAUGAUAAGGAAUAUGUAGAUAUAAUGAUACAGUCUAUUGCAAAUAUCCCGCCAAAUGGUGAAGCAUUACUGACAAUUGCUAAGGAAUUGGGUAACAGAGUCUACAACAAGUAUUCCAUACGGAAGAAGAUCAAAAAUGAAAUGGUAGAUAAGAUUAAACAAAUUUACUAUGCCUACAUCGAACUGUUGGCAAAGGAUACGGAGCUGAACAACUUCCUGCCUCGUGAGCACAUGGUGAAAGUAGAAAAAGAGAUGAAUUUAGGUCUUUCGCUAUUAAGUGAAGAUUCUCCCUGGCCACAUUUUCUGAUUAUAGAUUUGGGAACUCAUCUAGUAGAUCUAAUGGUUCAUGAAAUUAAAAUCCCCAUGAACACCCAAAGCCCAAGUCACGAGAGGAAAUUUAUCCCAGUCUUGUAUCACAUGUACAGCUUUCGCAGUAACAAGCAGAUUGGUUUCAUCAAACCACAUCCUAUUCUAACUGAGCUCCUUUCACAAGCUGCUGAGACAACUUUAAUCUUUGACUCCUGUGUCAUGCCAAUGGUCUGUGCUCCCAUCCCAUGGACUUCGCCUCGGUUUGGAGCCUAUAUUCUGGCACCCACCAAAUUAAUGCGGUGCGUGGAAGGGGCUCUACAGCAUCAUUUACUCCUGGAGAAAUGCAAGAGUAGUGACUUGCAUCCAGUGCUAGAUUCUUUAACUCAGCUUGGUAACUGUGCUUGGAAGGUUAACAAACCAAUCCUUGAUUUGAUUAUUUCUAUUUUUAAUGAUAAAGGAAGCGAGAAGCUGGAGAUUCCACCUCCACUUUCAGAAGCACCACACAUGCCCAAGUAUGACCCAAAAGCUGACAUUAGUCCAGCAGCAAAGUCUGUAUUGAAAAAAAAGAUAGCUUGGGUCAGAAAAAGGGCAGCUGAAAUGCACAGUCUUCGAAUGGAUGCCCUUUACAAGCUUUCCAUUGCCAACCAUGUCAGAGAUGACAUAUUCUGGUUUCCGCACAACAUGGAUUUUCGAGGAAGGACGUAUCCCUGCCCACCAUAUUUUAAUCACCUGGGCAGUGAUGUCACUCGUGCAGUUUUAUUAUUUGCAGAAGGAAAACCCUUGGGAGAACAUGGGUUAAAUUGGUUGAAAGUUCAUCUUGUUAACUUAACUGGCUUUAAGAAAAAGUGUUCCCUUAAAGACAGAAUUGAUUAUGCUGAUAAAGUAAUGGAUGACAUUUUGGAUUCAGCAGAUAACCCUUUAACAGGGAGGAAGUGGUGGAUGAAUGCAGAUGAGCCUUGGCAAACAUUGGCUUGUUGCAAAGAGAUAGCACAUGCUAUUAGAUCACCUGAUCCAAGCAAAUACAUCUCUUAUUUCCCAGUCCACCAGGAUGGCUCUUGUAAUGGUUUGCAACACUAUGCUGCUCUAGGACGUGAUGUGAUUGGUGCAGCCUCUGUGAACCUAAUGCCGGAUGAGGUACCACAGGAUGUUUACAGUGCAGUAGCACAACAGGUUGAAGAGUUCAGAAAAAGAGAUGCUGAAAAAGGUGUAAAAAUUGCUCAAAUCUUGGAAGGCUUCAUUAAUCGCAAGGUUGUGAAACAGACAGUGAUGACUGUGGUGUAUGGUGUGACACGAUUUGGUGGGCGUCUCCAGAUUGAAAAAAGAUUGAAAGAAGUUGAGGAUUUUCCAAAGGACCAUGUGUGGGAUGCUUCUCAUUAUGUGGUGCAGCUGGUCUUCAGCAGUUUGACAGAAAUGUUUACCGGAACCAGGGAAAUUCAGGACUGGCUGACACAAAGUGCACGACUGAUUUCCAAAUCAGGAAGUUCAGUGGAAUGGGUGACGCCACUUGGGCUACCAAUUGUACAACCUUACCAUAGGACCAGGACUACAUUAACAUUAACUCUGCACUCUGAAUUAGACCAUCAAAAGCAAAAGUCGUAUAUUGAGAUUCACUACGGAAAAUAAUACUUAGCAACACAGCAGCGCUGAACCUGUAUUAAUAUCCAUAAAAUCACCAUUCUCCUUGUCUUCAGAACCAAAUAACUCAUGCCAUUCUACUGCUUGAAUGAUAUCAUCACAUGGAUCAUCAAUAUUAUCUUCAUUAGCAUUCACAACAUCAUCUUCUGUACCAUCGCGUAUAUUGGAACGCCAUGUUUCUUGAAUGAUUUGAUGACAAUCUCCAUUCUGAUUGCAUGCCUUUCCUGAAAACCCACUCACCUGAGUUUGUUAAUGUUGGAGCCCAUACAUUGCCUGUUGUAUAUUUUACCAUACAAGUUAUUGGGAUGUCUCAAAUAUCUUCUCUUCAAUAUCUGUUUUGUUUCGGAGAGAUCUGUGACGUUGAACUUUUGAGCUCUGUGUGAAUUGCACAGCAUGGUUUUAAUUUAAGAAUUAUAUGAAAAAGAGUAAAUGGUUAUAUCACUGUCUCUGGUUGUCAUAACACAAUUAAAACGUGUUUCUUCUUUUAGAAUUUUAAAACAUAGCAAUGAAGUAGCAUUAUGAAUUGUAAUAUUUUCUGUUUAAUUGAGCAUUUCAUUUUUUAUGACUAUCAGUCACAUAGGGGAAGAAAAAUGCUUGACAGUGUAUGAAAUCUGUGUUACAAGCAUGAAGACCUAUGGCCAAAUGGAGUGGGUAAAGCAAUGAUUAAUUACUGCUUGAACCGUUACCCUUAGUCAUGAAAGAGAGCAAUAAAACACUUCAAUACUGUGCUGUUUUGACAUUGCCAUCGGUAUUUGAUACAAAAUCAACUGAUGACCUAUUUUAAAAGAAAAUCUUUAUUUAUGUUUGUAAUUUAAGAGCACUUAUUUUAAGAAUAUGACUGAUUAUAAAUACACCUCUUGAAGGUGACUUCUGUUAAGUGGAAUAGAUUAGAAUAAAGUUAAAACUUGCAAUAAUACUGAAAUGAUUACACCAAUUCCAAUUCUAGUGAUUGCACCAAUAUCCUUGUUGCUACUAUAGUUCAUGAAUGAAUAAUGUGAAGUGAUAAAGUAUUUUGACAAUUAUAUUGUUAUCAAUAAACGAUAAUAUAUUUUGUGAAAUCAGAGCAACAAACAUUUCUUGUCUGCUGCAAUUUGGAUACAAAAAAAGUAUUGUUAACGUUUGUGUUACCAUAUAGAAAUCGUUUGUUUUUCAGCUAUUCAGCCCCUCCACUCAAACUCACCUCCUUUCUUGUCAAGCCAUUGAUUUAUUUGGAUAUAGUUUCUCUCCAGUACUUUACUCAUAUUGCCAUUUUUGCGACCACUAAAUCAUUGCAGGAUUGAGAGAUGUUCAUUGUUUCCAACUUAUAAAUAAUGUAAUUCUACCUUUUUAAUUUAUUUUCUGAUCUCUCACUCCUCAUCCCUUUCUGCCUCCAACUUGACUGAAGUCUGGAUGAGAGAGCAUCUCAGCCUGAGGCAUCCUGUCAGUGACAAGGCUAGGACGGAACUGUAAGUCAGUCUUGUGCCAGCCCAGAGUCACUCAUCCCACUAGAGGGGUGCACGCUCCUUUUAGCCAUUCAGUGGAAUAAAGGAGGCAUGCAGACAAUGUGGGAGGUAUGCAGAGCCCCAACUUUCUGCAGACCUGAUACAGUGAUGUGGAGGUUGGGAACAGAGAGAAUGUGGAGCAAUGAAGCCUGAUUAUCCAAGAGGUUAGGCAGGAAAAGAGGUGUAGGGUCUGCUAUCUAAGAAAGGGGGAUUUUGGGAAGAAGGGUUGCUCAGUUGUGAGAGGAGUGGGUUGGGAAGAGUGGCUGCUGUUCUAACUGAAAGAGGCGAAGGAAUAUUGAGCAGAGGGGCUUAGUUGAAUCUUCUCCCAUUAGGAAAAAUGGAGAGCAUGACUGAAACUUCUAUAUGAAGCAAUAAUGUUUUCGUGAAAUAUUUUAAAACCAAAAUUUGUGUAUUUAUAUUUUACUUAUGUUAGAAAAUGUUACUGUAGUAAUUUUUCUUUGUUUUUUGGUGUCUGGGUUAUGUUCAUUUUCAAGAGUGUUUUUUAAUAUUAAUUCGUGGAAUGUGACAUGACUGGACAUGUCAGCAUUUAUUGCCUAUCUCUAAUUGGCCUUGAAAAUGUGACAGUGGAUUAAAAUGUGGUUGGACAGCACUGUUGUUUUCCUUUGCUAUGCUUUAUAUGUACAUAAUCUAGCAAGGUCAUGUUCUUUUAUUAGCAGGGACUUCAUCCUGUAUAGCUUGCACAAAUGCUGAAGUACUUGAGAUCACUUUGGUGAUUUGAUACAAAGGGAAACUAAUGUUUCAAACAACUUGAAGCCCAACAAUUCUAGCUAUUCACCUAAUGGCCAAGAAACAUUUGCUUUCCCAGCAGAUUAUGAAAAGUAUUAUACAGCAAACUCCUCAUUAUCUGACAAAUAUGGGGAAUGGUAGGUGUGUCAGUUCUGUGAAGUUACUGAUAGCACAAGAAAUAUUAUGAACAUGUGUGCAUCAGCAGUUCGUGCACCAAGUUCAGAUUGUUUUUGAAGAAACAGUAUAAAAAUGGUAUAUUUCCUUUGAAAUUUUUUGCCAGUUGCGUAAGAAUUCUGGAUGCUUCGGUACUGGAUAUUGGAAGGUUUUCUAUAAUUACAUAAUACCUUGUCACAAAAUAAAUCUCAGAUCUUUUUAUCUUUAGCUGCUCUCAUCCUUGUCACUGGAUGUAACAGGGGAAAGUGAAGACUGCAGAUGCUGGAGAUCAGAGUCGAGAGUGUAGUGCUGGAAAAGCACAGCAUCCGAGGAGCAGGUGAAUCUGCUCCUCAGAUGCUGCCUGACCUGCUGUGCAUUUCCAGAACCCCACACUCAACACUGGAUCUAACAUUUGGGAACUGGGAGUACAAUAAAUUUCUUUAUCACCAACAAUGUAUGACUGUUGUGAUGGAUGAUGUCAAUCUAUUAGCACGCACCAGAAAUCAAAUUUAAAUUCUUAUGUUCUGUAUUGUUUUGUGACGCAACAGGCUAAUAUAGAAUUGAAUACAUGCAGAAUGCAGACCAAUUUCUCACAUGCAGGUUCAAUUCUGAGUUGACAUAACAAAUAGAAAUUUGUAAUGUUGCUUUAAUGAAGUUUAGCAAUUCACAAUUUAAUGCAUUUUUAAACGCAAUAGUCUUUUGGUAAUAUUUAAAAUUCAAACAAAUGGCAUAUGUAAAGCAUUGAAAUUUGAGUUAAUAGAAUAUAAUUGUCACAAUCAAGAAUUUUUAUUUUAUUUUGUUAAGAUGGGUGAAAUUAUUAAAUUAUUCUU